ACCCGCAGCCGAGCGUCCCCUCCCCCAACCCGUCGGUCUCCUCGGCGGCUACUGCAGAGGAUCCAGAGCCGAGUAGCUGAAGAGGAGGAGGCUCUCAGUCCCUGCGCGCCAUCCGCCACCCUACGGACACCGGUGAGGGAGCCAGAGCGUCGCCGCUGCAGCCGCCAGAACAGACAAGGGCAUCGCCGCCUCAGCCGUCGCUGCUUUUUGCCUGCAGUCGCUCGCCGAAUCCUCAGUCUUCCAAAAUGAACCCUGUGUACAGCCCCGUGCAGCCUGGGGCACCCUAUGGCAACCCUAAGAACAUGGCCUACACAGGUUAUCCUACAGCCUAUCCGGCAGCUGCUCCUGCCUACAACCCCAGCCUCUACCCCACCAAUAGCCCCAGUUAUGCUCCAGAGUUUCAGUUCCUGCAUUCAGCUUAUGCAACUCUGCUGAUGAAACAGGCCUGGCCACAGAACUCAUCUUCCUGUGGCACUGAAGGCACCUUCCACCUCCCAGUGGACACCGGGACCGAGAACCGAACUUACCAAGCAUCCUCUGCAGCUUUCAGAUAUACUGCAGGGACACCAUACAAGGUCCCACCAACCCAGAGUAAUACCGCUCCACCCCCCUACUCCCCAUCACCCAACCCAUAUCAGACGGCCAUGUAUCCAAUCAGAAGUGCCUACCCCCAGCAGAAUCUGUAUGCCCAGGGAGCCUACUACACACAGCCGGUGUAUGCUGCCCAGCCCCAUGUCAUCCACCACACCACAGUCGUCCAGCCCAACAGCAUUCCCUCUGCCAUCUACCCAGCACCUGUGGCUGCCCCCAGGACCAAUGGUGUGGCCAUGGGNNAGCUGGGAGGUGUUUACAUUUUUCUGUCUGGAUGCUCAGGUACCCUGCUGACUACACCCCAGCACACUGCGAUUGGGGCACACCCUGUCUCCAUGCCAACAUACAGGGCCCAAGGAACCCCUGCGUACAGCUAUGUGCCCCCGCACUGGUAAAGCCUGCAGCCCAUCCAAAUCUGGAGUCACACAUUGUAUGCAACUACUCAAGUCUUACACCGGUGCUGGAGCAGUCCCCUAGCAGCACCGCUUCUAUUUGCAAGAAGAGACAACGGAAGUGCAAGGGUCACUUUAUGCAUCUUUAGUGGUUUUGGUUUUUGAUUUUUGUAAAAGCUGCUUUUUCUAAUCUCCUGCCUCUCCUGAUUGUCCCCUCUUAGCCGGUCAACCAAUUCCAGCCCCUCUUCUUACCUGGCCAGCUUGUAGUCUUUUCUCCCCCAGCACCCAGUCCCGGGGAUCCUGGUCUAGUGGCCAGCAGCCAGUGGGGGUUUAUUGCAAUGGUUCAGCUGAAGACUCAAGUUUCAUUUGAAGAGCAGAAACAUAUGUGGCCCUGAGGUCUGUUGGGCAGGCCACGUCUUUAGAGGGUUAGUUUUUUGUUUUUGUUUGGGGGGUGGGGUGGGGGGUUUCCUAAGCAAGAUUAGUUUAGGACAUGACCACAUCCUGACACAAAUGAAAUCUCUUCUGAGAACCAUCGCAACAAACCGAGAACAGAAUCACCUUAUUAAUAGCAGCUUGACACCAGGCUGAGCAACCUGGGGAACCAGGUUUUCCUUGGGAGAACUUGGAGGAGGGUGGGCGAGGGAGGGCAUGGUGGGAAGGGAGAGGGGAGAAGGGGAGCGGGUGCUUGCCUGCUGGCUUUGUUUAAAAGGUCCCUGGCCAAAUUGGCCUGGACCUUCUGAUUUGCACAGUGAUAGAAACUGGCUUGGCACUUCUCAAAAGAUGAUUUUGACCUCAGACAUGCCAAGCAGCUUCAGGGUGCUUGGGACCUUGGUGUCCCAAGACAUUGGAAGGCCAGGUGCUCCGUGUAACCCAGUCCCCAGCCUCUGAGCCCUCGGGGGACACACUCGGGCGGGGGACAUCCUCCUCCUUGGAAUGGGAACCUCUGGCAUUUCUCUCCCUUCCCCUCGGCCCUUCCCAGUGCCAGGGCUCACCUGGUUGUCCACAAGGCUGGCAGGUAGACCAAGCUCUCGGUUACCUUGUGCCCUUCAUGACCAAAGUGAAGGGACCAUAUUCCAGGUGGGUGCUGGCGGCUCUGAAGGUCAUGAUAGUGAAGGAAAAGCAAUAGCAAUAAACAUUUCAUAGACUCAUGGAACUGAAGGGACCUUAGCAAUCAUCUCACCCAUUCCCUGUUUGGUAGAUGAUGGGAGUGAGGCUCAGAGAAGAAGGAAAGACUUCCCUAGGCCUACCAGCGAAUGAGUAGAACAUGCAACCUUCCCAGAGGGGCAUACUGCCUGCAAAAAUUGAUGGAGGGAUGGAGUGGCUUGGUUUUUACAAAACUAAGUCAGCAGUGCCCACACCUGGCCGCCUCUGGAACAGCCUCUGGGCUUUUGUUUUCUGCUCUUUUCCUUCACGGACUCCAAAGGCAGAGUUUGAAGACAGGGCAGAAGCCCCGUGGGGCAGAUGGCAGGAACAGAAAAUGCAAGUGGAGAAACAGCAUUCACAACUGCUGUGAAGACCCUGCAACUUCCAUCCCACGGCUCGCUCCCACCCUGGGAGAGGAGCAAGUGGCUGGCUGAGGAGGAGAGGCCGUGGGUUGGGGACUCCAGCCCCUCAGCUGGAGAGGAGAGAGGGAUGACGGUGGGGCCCAGGAGACUGAUGCACACCUGGGAGAGGAGGCAUAGGGGCCUCUGCUAGACUCAGCCAGAAGCCGGGUUGCCCAGCCUGGCCCUCUUGCCCCCCAGUGCUUGCUUGGCUGGGCCUGUAGCCCCUCGGGUGGGGCAGGAGGCAGGCAUUUUAAUGUUCAUAAUGGUAGCAUUGUCAGCAUUUGGGACUUUUAAGUAUCUAUUUUUUAAUUUAUCAGACUUGGACACCUCCCUGCCCCUACCUACUAUGUCCCCCUGAAGAAUGAAAAAAAUCAUGAUAAAACCUGACUGAAAGGACCUCAGGAGCUGCCCAACCCUUCCCAGGGGGGCAAAAGCCCAUCAUAUCCUUGGCACAGAGCCUGGGGGUCCACCCCCUGGUCUUCCAGGGAGCUGCAGGCCCAGUAAGAAGAAUCCAGUUGGUUAGUCUGGAAUGCUGAAGAGCUUUGUGUUUGAAAGAACAGUUUUCCAGUGUUAAUCUUUUUUUUCUUUUUUUUUUGCAAAUACCUCCCCUCACCUGCCUCUGCUUUGUAUGGGUGGGUGAAGGUCUUUUUAGAUUAGGUCAAGGGUUUGAAAAAAUGCCAAAAUAAUAAUAUUGAUGAUAACAAUAGGAAACCUUUGCAUUUGUUGGGUGCUUUAUAAAUUUCAAAGCAUUUAACAGCCUUUAAUUCACUAGCCCUGAGAGAGAAGGCACGAGAGCCAGCCUCAGAGUUAUUCCAGGCACUGGACAGUGAGGACACCAGGGAUAGAAGGGAAAGGAACUUGUUGAAAUUGAGUUGAAUUCUGGGAAGCUGUGGGCUUCUGGAACUCCAGCUCCUCCAGUUGGGCUUGGGUGGAACAGUACGGGGGCAUGCAGGGGACCUAGGAAGGCCCUUCCUUGUCACUUGGCUUUGUCUAUCAGUAAGUAAAAGCCCGAGAUCUAGUACCUCACAGUUCACAAAGCAAUUUCACGUACAUCGCCUGGCUUAAUCCUUCCAGUAGCCCUGUGAACUAGAGAGUAUUCCUCCCCUUGACCUGAGAGGGAACAUCAGAGAGAGAAAGUGGCUUUCUAAGUAAGCAAUGCCACUCCAACCCAAGUCCGCUUGCUGUCCCCUUCCCCUCCACACACAGGCUCAUACAAGUAAGCCUCCAUGCUCGCUCGCCACCCCGUUGUGGCCCCUGGGAUGUCACUCAGGAUCCGAGAGGCCCGGAGACGAAGACCAGAGCAAAGGCCCUGAAAGGCUGUGGUCUGGAAGCAAAGAGCCCAGGUCCAGCACUCCUCCUUAGCGGCCGGCUGGGGGUCCGCUGGCCUCACCCUCUUGCCUUGACUGAGAUCCACAAGCCUGGCCAAGCUUGGGGAGUCACUGCAAAGGGACUGAGCCCUGGAGAACCGAGCUGUAGUGUGCCUCUAGGGAGGUCGCAGGUACCGUCUACAGAUUCUGGAUUGCUCAAGCACCAGGCUGGACAGGUGGUCAGAGCUGGAAGGGCCUCUCCCUAUAGGAAGGUAUGAGCCAGCAGAGAUAACAUGUCCCCAGGACGAGAGCGUGCGCUUUGAAGGUGGACCGCAUGCCAGCCCCCUCCUUCCACUGCUCUCUCCGUGGGCCACAGCAUAGAGACAGGUCAGGGAGAUGCUCGUGGUUCCUCAGUCCUCCAGGCUUCUCCCUACUUCUGCCUGAUUUCUUCUCCUCAGCAGCCUGGGCUGAGGAAGUUUGAGUCUGGAAGUUGGACUAUCCCGAGGUGGUGAAAGCCUAGAACAAUCUUGUUCCAUCUUUUGAAGUAAAAAUAAAAUUAUUUCAUUUCUUAA